AUGAGGAGGCGUGAAUGGAGUGUCGCUUCCAGUGGAGGCAGUAGCGCCAAGCUGGGUAAGGGGGGGAGCACCAGGAGGGGCUGCAGCGCAUGUAGCGCGUCUAGCGCAGAUGGGACAGGUGGCAUAGAUAGCACAGCUAGUAUCCCCUCCCCAACCAACUCCAUACAGACGGAGAAAAAAAAAAAAACUAACCUCAGGGGAGCUCCUUCCACGAGGAAAGCAGCCACCACGCGUGAGUUGCACAUGGGGACGGCGGUGAGGACAACUCUGCGCGCAGGUGCGAAAAGGAAGCGGCGGCCACAGCUUACAAGAAAGGUGCCACCGAAAGAGGCGCAAAAAGAAGAGAACCAAUUAGUACAGGUGUCACCACCAAGGCGAGCGCAGAAGGUUGCCUCCCUGGCGACCUACGCGCACAAGUAUAGGCUAACCAAGACGUGCAGCCUGAAGAAGGGGUGCCAAAAGAGGAGGAAUACGAGUACCCCGCGAGGUGGGAGCAACGGCAGCGAGCGACAAAAUGGGCUAAUGGAGGAGCAGCAGAAGUACCGCGUUCAUUACAACCGCGGGGUGACGAACAUAGAGGGUGGUCCCUCUGUUGGUAUGUCUCAUCGACAAAGCGAAGGGAAACCCUCUUGGGGGAAGAUUAAACCCAUGACCAAAUUGAAAAAAAAAAAAAAUGAACAGCUGCUCGGGGGAUGGGAUCAAUUAAGUGAUCAUUUGAAGCACAUGAAUGGAGAAGGCGUUACGGGAGGUGCCUGCCCAGGUGAUGUUUCCAAUUGGGACGAACUGUAUAGCUUCUUCCCGUAUGUCUACAACCGUGUGGACAGUGAUGGCAGCAGAGGGGAGAAGGGGACCCCCAAUGGAGGGGUCACUUCCUCCCCGAGUGAAUACGCAGCCGGACAGAUCUUCGAAGGGGUGAAGGAGAGACGAUCCAUCCGUGAGGCUGACGUAUGUGGAGCAGACACGUCAUUUGGAUCCAUGGGGACGGUUCCUACGAUGGGCUUUCAUAAAAAGCACGUGGGGGAGGAGGACUCAUCCGGGGGGGACGACUGUCACGGGGAGUAUCCACCGAAUGAACAUCGCGUGGGAAGCAGCUCCAACGAGGAAGACAUAGAUGGAGAGUUCCAUCAGUUAAGGGGCAGAGAGCCAAAUGGGGACCUCUCCAAUGACUACAUAACUUACAAACAAUACGUUUUGAAGAGGGACUCGAAUGGAAGGAAUAGGAUGGAGGAGGGACGCAGCCACUGGGAAGGCAACUCAGACACGCCUCGCAUUACACAUCGGGGGUACUCCAGUGAUGGGGAAGGGGGUAAAAGGGGAGAAGGAAUUAUUGAAUAUGUGAGUGCAGAUGUGAGUGGCCACCUGCGUGAUGAUAUGGAUGGUCCCCCCUGGGUAGACGUAAACCGGGAGGGAGUGCCACCUACCCACGAGAUGCAAAGCGAACCGAUUCAGAGACGAGACGACAAAGAGGAAGCAGAGUCGAAACAGGACAGACACCAUGUAUGUGUAGUUAACAAUAAUCAUUUCAAGAGUCCCUCCUCCGACAACGAUGCGUUGGACGACGUGCACUCAAACUUCGCAGAUUCCUUUACCAUCAAACAUUUGCCAGAGGUACCAAAUGAUGUGGACAUGGUCUGCAGUAGCGACGAUGCUUCUAUCAGAGCUGAUCAGCAUGCGUGGCGUUCGUCAUUAACUGGUGAAUUAGCAAUGAAUGAAGGAGGUGAAGGUGCCCCCCGAGAAUGCUGCAGCUCUUCGGGGGACGAUGGGUCGGAUGGAUGCGCAGAGGGGAGAGUGGAACCAAGGGGGAAAAGCCAUGUUGGACGUGUGAUCGAUCCAAAUGAGAACGUCCUUAAUGAUGGCUGUUACUGUGAUCAGGGUGAGCACUUUGCUAACUGUGCCCAGGAAGAAAAGAAAGAAAAAAAAAAAAAAAAAAGUGACAGUCAUACGGCUGUAGUAUUAUCGUCGAGACGUGGCGAUAGGCUCCACCUCUCCCAUGGCAGAGGCGAUGCUCUUUCGAUGUCGUGCAACGGCGUUGCAGCGAAGUGGGGGGUUCUUGUGACGGACUCGAGUGGACACUUUGGGAAGAGCGGACCGCGGUCCCAGUCGGACAACUACUUCCGUGGCGUGACCUCGGAGGGGCGGCGUACAGGUAGUGAUGGUGAUAGCGAUGAUGAUGGCCACCGUGAUGACAUUCUCCGUGAUGCCCUCCUCGGUGACGCUACUGCAUGCAUGCAAGGGGAGGAGACAAAGAGAAAGGAUCUCCCAAACGACUUCUCACUGCAGAGACCCCAUUUCAGCGACCCCCUUUACAGCCACAACACCGACGCGUCCAUAAUGCACAUUGACAGUUUGGAGGAUACACCAGCAGCCCCAUUUGAAAAAAUACAAGUGCAGAAGAAGGGGGCAGAGUCUGAUGACAAUCCUUACAUGGAAGAGAUCAUUCAAGGCAUGUACGCAACGGAAGAGACUCGCGAGGUGGACCACUCAGAUUUGAGGAGCCAUUCCUGUGAAGAAUCUUUCGGGGGCACACGCCCACACCCAGAGGAGAUCACAACCCCAUUGAUGUCAAUCAGAAGGGGAGAUAGCCAGUGCUCAAACGAGAAUAGAAGCAACCUCGUUCAUCGAAACGAAUCGGAGGAGAGUAACCUCAUUGGGGAGGAGCUGCCAAUGAGUUUUUUCCCUGGUAUGUUCACCGCCCAUGGGGAGGACUACACACACGACGGGGUAAACGUCCAGCUGGAAGGAAGAACCGACAUCGAUAACACCAAGGGGGAGGGGUACCAAUUUAGGAAGAAAAACAAUAACAGCAGCAUAAUGGACAAUCGAAUUUUAUCCCAUUCGUUUGACAACUAUGAUCAUUUCGCCGCUAAUCAGGGAUGCGAUGGAGAGUUAAUCCAGUGGGACACUAGAAGAGGAAGCACGUACGCAGGUGCUAAUUUGAAUUGUGUGUGCAACUCGUUUGUGAAUCCGAAAGAGGAGGAAAUGCUCAUUGGAGCAGACCCAUGUUCCUCCCUUAGUGAUGCUCACGUGAGAGGUAGUAGCGAUGUAAUAGGUACAGAGCCCAGUGAGGAAGUCUCCCACCAUACAGCAGAUAGACAGCCAAGCGAAGACAAGUUUGCCGUUGAGUUAUUAUACUCCUCUUCAACGUUUAGGAGUAACACCACGGAGGGGGACAACGAUGAGGGAGAAGCUGACGGUGGAGCACAUUAUGGUGGUCGUAGCCAUCCACUUGGAAAGAACGACACCAUCGCAAAAACGGAGGCACAUGAUUACUCACCUGAACAUGUCCAUGCGAAGGGGAAGAAAAGAAGCAGCUCCUUCAUCUCGGAACACGACAUCAGAAGCAAACAAGUGGGGAUGUUUUCCAUUUUUAGAAGUCACAGUGCCCACCUGGUGAAGGAGCCGAGGCGAAACUGUCUCAUUAAGCUCGAUGAGAUCACCCCCAUAUGCAACAACGAAAUGAAUAGGAAGAAGAAUCGAUCGGGCGGCUUGGAAACGUUUAGAGGCAUCAGUUUAUCUGAACAGAUGGCGACAGGGAGAGAGGGAAUUACAACCAAGGGGGAGCAGCAUGAGAACGGCUCUAUCCCUACGGGGGAAAGGAUCUCCUCGAACGACGCCGAUCAGAGUGGCGGAAACAGUGGGGAUGGCAACAAUGCUAGGGAUGGAGUCAAUUGUACGGAUCGCGGCAAUAAUGCAGAUAGCGGCAACGGUGAUGAACCCCACGCAGUGGACCAGAACUGGAAGAGUGAACAAAACGAAGAGCCUCCCCUCGAUGGAGCGCCCAGAAGGAGGCUACACAGCUACCAUGAGGAGGCCAUAGCGAGUGAAAAUAUUUACAGAGGCAGGAGAAAGGCUUCCCUGAGUGCAACAAGCACAUGGAAAGAGAAGGUCGGGAGAACACUGAUGUGUGACCCCAAUGGAGAGCACCCCAUCGGACGUGACAAAUGGGCACUUAACGUAGAAGGAAGCCAUCAGAUGAGGAGCGAACUGGCUGAAAAGACACACCUAGGGGGGUCCAUAGGAAAUGUGUGCGAGGAGGAAGAAUCAAGGAUGAACGAUGAAUUGAUGAAGGAAUGUCUCCCAUUUAGUCAGGAAACGAAUGAGCAUAAAAGAAAUGAAUCCCUCAUCAGUCAUGCGGACAAUCUGAUGGAGCCUUUUGAAUUCCCUGUACAGUUAAGGGGUGUCAUUAGCUCCACCUGCAGCUGGAAUGAUAACUGCUCCUUCAGGGGGGCCUUCGAUUAUGCUAAAGGUGAUUCUUCUGCAAGAAGGGACAAGGACGACGAAUCGACGUUUGAAGGGAUGGCUUAUGUGGGCAACUGUGGUAAGGAGACCGGGAAGGAGCAUAUGGAGGUGGACACCCCCUACGUGUGUAACGGGGAGGAAAAGGCAGAGCCGAAUUACGGUGAGGAGGAUGCUCACUUGCGACGCGACGACGAAGCGGAAAAUGAAAAAAAAAAAAAAAAAAACUGCGAACCAGGGGAAGAAGAUUUCACUUCCGCGGCAGAUAAUGUGGACAGGAAAAAUUGUGCAGGGUGCGAUGAUUCCUCUUAUUCGAAGCAGAACCUGCACUCGAAGCAGAGGGAUGAAGUGACGGUACUAACCCCAGAGACAACAAGGGCAGGGAGCAGAUACGAAGAAAUAUGGAGCGAAGAUUUCUCUGGUUCGAAGCCUCGCCCAAUGGAGGAACACACCAGCGAAAAGGAGGUUCUCAGUGGGGAAAAUGCAAAACUGUCCAGUGAAAAUGAGGUCCUCAGUGAGGAGAACGAUAAGCUGAGGGGAUUAAAUGAGACCCUACGUGGAGAGAAUGCAACGCUAACUAAAUUGAAUGAGACCCUGAGUGGGGAGAAUAAAAAGUUGGCUGGAUUCAAUGAAACUCUUCGUGGAGAGAAUGCAACGCUGACUGGAUUGAAUGAGACCCUGAGAAAAUGCAAAACUGGAUGGAUUGAAUUGAAUGAGACCCUGAGUAGGGAGAAUGCCAAUCUGUCUGCAUUGAAUGACAUCCUAAGUGAGGAAAAUGCAAAACUGGAUGGAUUGAAUGAGACACUAAAUGGGGAGAACGCCAAGUUGGCUGCUGAAAAAGAAGCGCUGGGUAAAUCCAACGCCAAGCUGAGUAGCGAAUUGGACGAACUUAAAAAGGAGGAGGAAAAGCAUCGGAGGGAAAACGGGCAGCUCCAGGAGGAACUGACUCAACUUCGAAGAGACUCAGCCGACGCGAGGGAUAACUACCUCACAGAGGUGACGCAACUUCGCAGAGACGCAGGGGAGGCGAAGGAGAACUACCUCAUAGAACUGGCCCAACUUCGCAGAGACGCGGCGGAGGCGAGAGAGGCCUGCGAGUUGGAGCUAAACUUAAAGCUAAACCUGCAGACGCAGCUGGAAGAGUUCCGGAGGAAGUGCGAGCGAUUAGAAAACGACAAGGAAGCCCUAACAACGGAAAAAAUGAAUAACGUACUUAGGAUUAACAACUUAAAGGAGCAGCUAAACAGGGAGAGUAAAUCCAUGAAGGAGUUAACGAAAGAGUUAAGAGACAGGGAGGAAGAAAUAGUGGUCCGAAGGGGAGAGCUAACCACGAUGGAGAAGACACUUAACGAAACGAAAGCGGAAGUACAACAGCUGAAGAACCAAAUUGAAAUCCACCUGCAGAAUGAAAAUACUAAUGGAAGGAAAGUAACCAUGCUGGAGGAAGAGGUGCAGAUGUAUAGAGAGUUAACAAAGAAGCUUCAGUGUGCAGGGGAGAGCCACUUCACGGAGAAUCUCCAUGGCAGUGGAGAAGAGUGCAGAGGUGAUAAGCCCGAUGAUGGAGAGGCAACGCAGAGGGGAAACCCCAAAGAUCAAGUAUCCCAACGGAACAACGAUCUUGCAAUUAAUCCGUCAAGCGAAAAUGGAGGUGAACAAAUCGAAUCCAGUAACACCUCCAUUGAACUGUUAAAAAGACCAAAAGAGAGAUUAAUCCAAAGUGGACACCACACGGAAGCUGAGAAAAAACUGUCCUCUGAGGACUACCAACUUGUAUGCGAUGAGAUUGACACUCUGGGGAUCGACGAGCUGAAGAGAAGGUGCAAAAACUUGGCAUGGCAAUGUAGGCAGUUGGUUGUGCAGCUCGGAAUAUGCGCUAAUGGCAGUGUGGAAGUCCCCUCCGAUUUGAGGAGCCAGUCAAGGAGUGGAGGGCCAGUUGGAGAGGCGAUCAACAAGGAGGACGACUCUCCAAGGAAUGCUGGAAAAGGCGCAGUAGCUACGACAACCUCUACCUAUGAAGCGUCGGCGGAAUCAGUCGCAGAACAGCUGAUGGUCGACUCCACGGAUGGAUGCAAUUCCACUUAUAAAGAGAUCCUACGGAGGACGUCUCAAGUUACUAAGCACAUAAAUGCAGUUAACAGGAAAAUUUGCAGCUUGAGGACGAGAAGUGACUCCUGGGAGGACAGUGCGGACUACUCCGACUGUCUCGUUUGGCUAAACUCAAUUUCUAUGGACAUCCUUUUUAUCAAUAGGACUGUUUCGCUGAUGGAGGAGGGGGCGCAGGGGGCGGCCAGAGUGGACCCUCAAGAGGGCGUCCAACCAGAUGGGCAGCCAGAUGAGCGGCCAGGUCUUCAGGGGGACGACCGACCGAGUGACCCCCUUAAUCCCCGCCAAGACGAUCCACACAUCACCGCUUCAUCACCAGAGGAGCCACCCCUCCGUACAGGAGUGUCCAGCGAAAAGCUCCAAAAGGGAAGGAAUGACUCACAAAGAAUUGAAUUCAAAUUGGAAGAAGGACCACACACCCCUGAGAGGUACACUUUUGGCAAUGAAAAAUCAGAAGAGGCAAAUCACCUCACCUGUUCAGAAAAUCUUGUCACCUUUUUUGAAAUUUCCUUUUCAAGCGAUUUGUUUCUGAUCCUCUGUCAUGUGUGUAAGGGAGUCCUCGAGAUGAGCACGUGGGCGAGGAAGGGGGAGGAGGAGAACUGCCUUCGGGGGGUGCACAAUUUGGUUAACUGCGUAGCGGAAAUGGAGAAUCUGUGCAGUGAUGGGGAUGAUCAGCGAGAGGAGCUGCAAGGUGACGGGAGAGAGGGCCACCCGGAAAGAGAAGUCGUGAAUAAAUCCUCUAGUGAAGUCGCUAGUCGAUCCGGCAAGGAGCUGUUCCACGUGUUGAGAACACACCUGCACAGAUUAGUCCACCUGAUGAAGAAGGACAACUGGAGGAAGAGCACACACGAAGUGAUGCAUGGAGUGUGCUCUCUCAGAAAUGUUGUUCGAGUUGUUUUGGACACCUUUUUAAAUUUUCAUGGCAUUCACUCGACAUUUGUUCGGACGGAUCAGCCGAAUGGUUAUUCGAUCCAUCCAGAUGAUGCCCCACCCAAAAGGUUCAGUAAGACCCUGGUGGAAGGAGCGAGUCACUCGAAGGGCACUGCACAUCGGUUAGCUAGUCUCCUUUCGGGAUUGUAUCCAUCCCGCGGAAAGAAUGUCAAAGUGGGAUCCAAGUUACGGAAAAGUGAAAGCAACAGGGAGGUGCUCCGAAGCGAUACCGACGUGGGAGAAGAUUUGGUGGAGGUCAACUUGGACCACCUUGCCAACAGGGUCGUACAGCACAACUACAACGCGCAUGUCGUUCCGUGCCUGAUUGCUCACUAUGCAGAGGAGGUCAUUCUGGAGAGACCCCUCGCAGGGGGGGGCACCGUAAGCAGAAGUGCCAGCGGCAGAAGCGGCAUCGUCAUCGGCAGCCGCUUUGGAAGCAAGGACGAGUUUGCCAUCCAGAUGAGCAAUUACGCCACAGACAUCUUCAGAAGAAUGUCAGAAUGCAUGAAGUGGAAUGAGUUACUCAUUAGUGGCGACUCCUUCGCCACCUAUUUCGAUGAGGGUCCACUCAAGUCUAAGUUAACAGGCAACCUCGUCAUGCAUAAAAAUAGAACAAUAAACAUCGACACUGUGUACCAGCAUCUGGGGAUUCUUCUCCGGCGAAAUGGUGCCAUCCUUGGAGGCGACGGUUUCUUCGGUGAGUACUUUAGAAGAGCACGCUCGUCAGUUUUGCGGCAGUCACUCAGUUUAGGGGCCAGUUGUGAGGGAACUCACCAUGUGAGAACCGCCCUAGAGGAGAGUGCCUGCCUCUCCUCUAGUGUACCACCCCGCAAUCAUCUCACACACAACAGUGGGGAUGGCAACAAAAGCGCAUCGUUCACUGGGGAUGGUGAAAUAGGAAUACACGGGAAGGGUUCUUCUAACAUUACAGACGCGUCCCCCUUGAAGGGAUCUCCAAAUAGGCAACCAAACCACUGCGAUGACGAGGGAGGCUCGGAGUACCCACUGAUACGUGUAGACAACGAAUGCGUAAGUGCUCUCUUUCACAUGUGGCAUGCGAUGGAGAAGAAGUUCUUUUUUAAAAUUGGCAAGACGGGGAAAGAAGGAAGAGCGGAGGGGAAGGCACCUCCUCCUGUAGAAGGAGAAGCAGCCCAACAGGACGAUGCUAAUAAAGUCAAACUUUACAAAGGGGACCACCAAUCAACGAUGGAUACUUACCUUCGGUCCAUGAUAUAUGAUACCUUCCAAUGCAGUGAUGGGAAAAAACAGAUAGGGGUGAACAAUUUCAUUUUUCUGUUAAAGCAGCUGGGCAUACAAGUGCGCGACAGCAAGCUGCACUCCUUGUGGUGCAUCAUGACUGGCAAGAGGGAUGUUAACAUAGCAAUGAAAGAGACCAUCCCGAUCUCCAGAUUUGUGAAGAAGGCCUAUUCGACAAACCCCUCACUCGUCUUUUACGAGCACUGUAAGGCUAAGGUGAAGUUGAGAGAGGCUGAACAGAAUUUGAAACAUUUGAGGCGAUACAACAAGAAGCUGCUGCUCCUGGUGAAUAGCACACAGCAGGCGAAGCAACUGCGCAGUGAGGGAUGCGGCGUCACCUACACAGUGUGA